GCUGCUCUGCUGUAUUCAUGCUGAACACACCCUGCCUACCAUCUCACAAACAGAGUUCCCGCAGCUGGAGAUUCCACCUGAAUCCUAAAGUUUACUUCACAUCCUUGCCUUUUUCGCACUGUCCCUGUCAUGGAGCGUCUGAAACUGGUUUUGCAGUACUUCCAGUCCAACUCCGAGUCCAUCUCUAAUGGAAUCUGCAUCAUCCUGGCGCUGGUCAGCGUCAAGCUCUACACCAGCUUUGACUUCAACUGCCCAUGCCUUCCUCAAUACAACAAGCUGUACUCUCUGGGGGUGAUGAUUGUCCCUCCCAUCAUCUUCUUCUUCCUGGGGGUCUUGGUCAACCGACACACAGGCGUCAUGAUGGACGAGUGGAUGAGACCAGUUGGGAAUCGAUCCAAAAACCCUGCCGUGGUGAAGUACCUCUUCUCCGCCAUGCUCCAGCGGGCGCUCCUCGCUCCCAUGGUCUGGAUUCUGGUCACUUUGUUGGAUGGGAAGAUUUUCAUCUGUGCAUUCAGCGUCACUGUAGACCCUGGGCUUUUCUCAGGUGUCCCCAACAACACGGGCCUGGAUGUGAUUAAAAUCAUGGCCAAGGUGCCCUGCAAGGAGGAUGUGAUCUUUAGGAACAGCUCCUUCCGUAAAGCCGUCUCCAGAUAUGUGCGAUGCUACUCUCAGGCAGUAGGCUGGUCCAUCCUCCUGUUCCUUAUCGUAGUAGGAGCACUGGGACGCCUCAUCAAGCCCUGCUUUGACGACCACGCCGCUUUCCUGCAGACACGGUACUGGAGCAACUACCUGGAUGUGGAGCAGAAGCUUUUUGAUGAAACCUGUGUCCUCCAUGCCCGGGACUUUGCCCGCAAAUGUGUGGUCCAGUUCUUUGAGGACAUGACAGAAGACUCCAUUCUUCAUCUGCCACAUCCACCCUUCAUCACCAAGGGCAGCGAGAGCUGGGAGGAUGAAGAGGACAGACUCCAUGGGAUAACCAAGCAGGAGCAGAUGGACCAGCUGCUCAACAAGUGGUACUACAGCAAACCUGAACUGGACGUGACCAGGAUGGCUCACAGACCGCGGCCGUGCGUGACCUGGGAGGACCCCGGAGGGAAGACUUUAUACUCGGAUGUCUGACUCUGGCCGCUUUGGUGACUGCAGCACGGAGGUUGGAAACAUUUCCUGGAAAACACCGGAAUUUAAAGUAGGAAACUGUGGUUAUGGAGAUGACCUGUUGAUGGUUUAUAUCUUAAUAAAUCAUUGGUAUAUCGAAUGCA